UUCCGGGUCAGAAAACAACAACAACAAACUGAGAGAAAUGGCUGCUUCGGAGGAAAUACAACGCCUGGAGUAUUUAUCCCUGGUGUCGAAGGUGUGCACGGAGCUGGAGAAUCAUCUGGGAUUAAGCGAGAAGGAUCUGGCUGAAUUCAUCAUCAAUCUCGCCGAGAAGCAGCCGACGUUUGAGGGCUUCAAGGCGACUCUUUUUGACAAUGGAGCCGACUUUACGGACACCUUUAUUGGUAAUCUACUCCGACUUAUUCAUACUAUGCGACCCUCAGCAUCCACGAGUACAGCUCAUCAGUCGGAGGUGAAGCCAAAAAGUGGAAAGGACAAACUGAAAGACAAGUACCCCGCUUUAUGUGUACCAGAUGAUCCCGUGUGGAGAAUUCCACCGUGCCACCCAGAAGAUGACGCGCAGGUGGCAGCAGCAGCCAUGAAGGAGCUGGAGAUGCUCAUGCCAAACUUCUGUGGAACGAGCUCUGAUGACGGGGCCGUCAGGAAUCCGGACAGUUGCAGAAGUCGAGACGGACCGACCGGACGCCGGCGAAGUCGCUCCAGAUCGAGAGAUCGAGACGGCGACACGAACCCGGCGCGCAAAAGGAAACGGGUGUCGCGCUGGAGCGACCACCCGCCGAGCCCUCGCAGAGACGAAGCCAACAACACCACCAACAACAACAACGCCAACAACACCAACAACACCGACAACGACAGCAAGAAGGAGGAGAGGGACUCUGACCGCUGGCGUGAUCGACUUGUGGACCGGCCUCCGGCGGAAGAGCCCGUCGUGGGCGACGUCUACAACGGCAAAAUCAGCAGCCUCAUGCAGUUUGGCUGCUUUGUGCAGCUGGAGGGCCUCAGGAAACGCUUCGAGGGCCUGGUGCACAUCUCCGAGCUACGCAAAGAGGGCCGCAUAGCCAACGUGGCCGACGUGGUCACCAAAGGCCAGAAGGUGAAGGUCAAAGUGCUGUCCUUCACCGGGACCAAGGCCAGCCUCAGCAUGAAGGAUGUGGACCAGGAGACGGGGGAGGACCUGAACCCCAACCGGAGGAGGAACCUGGACACCGGAGAGGAAGCCAUGAGGAACCCGGACCGCCCCGUGGAGGCCAGCAUGGCGGAGGUCGAGGAGAACCCGCUGGAACGCAAACGGCUCGCCAAGAUAACCGACCUCGAGAAAUGGGAAAUCAACCAGAUGAUCGCCGCCAACGUGCUCCCUAAAGAAGAGUUCCCGGAGUUCGACGAGGAGACGGGGAUCCUCCCCAAGAUAGAUGACGAUGAAGAUCAAGAGCUGGAGAUCGAUCUGGUCGAAGAGGAGCCGCCGUUCCUGAGGGGUCAGACCAAGUUCAGCACCAACAUGAGCCCGGUCAAGAUCGUGAAGAACCCAGACGGCUCCCUCUCCCAAGCCGCCAUGAUGCAGAGCGCCCUCUCCAAGGAGAGGAGGGAGCUGAAGCAGACGGCCCGCGCGGCCGAGAUGGACUCCAUCCCCACCGGGAUCCACAAGAACUGGAUCGACCCGAUGCCCGACUACGAAGGGAGGCAGAUCGCCGCCAACCUGAGGGGCCUCGGCGCCAUGCCCACCGACCUGCCGGCGUGGAAGCGGUACGCCUUCGGGGGGAACCAGGUGUCGUACGGCCAGAGGACCGAGCUCUCCAUCCUGCAGCAGAGGGAGAUGCUGCCCAUCUUCAAGCUCAAGGAACAGCUGGUGCAGGCCGUCCACGACAACCAGAUCUUGAUCGUCGUGGGAGAGACCGGGUCCGGUAAGACCACGCAGAUCACCCAGUACCUGGCGGAGGCGGGCUACACCUCCAGGGGCAAGAUCGGCUGCACGCAGCCCCGCCGCGUGGCCGCCAUGUCCGUGGCCAAGAGAGUCUCCGAGGAGUACGGCUGCCGUCUGGGUCAAGAGGUGGGAUACACCAUCCGCUUUGAGGACUGCACCAGCACGGAGACGGUGAUCAAGUACAUGACGCACGGGAUGCUGCAGAGGGAGUGCCUGCUGGACGCCGACAUGAGCCUGUAUUCCCUCAUCAUGCUCGACGAGGCCCACGAGAGGACGAUCCACACCGACGUGCUCUUCGGACUUCUCAAGAAGACGAUACAGAAGCGCAAAGACAUGAAGCUGAUCGUGUCGUCGGCCACGCUGGACGCCGUGAAGUUCUCCCAGUAUUUCUACGAGGCGCCCAUCUUCACCAUCCCGGGGAGAGCUUUCCCCGUGGAGGUGCUCUACUGCAAAGAGCCCGAGACGGACUACCUGGACGCCGGCCUCAUCACGGUCAUGCAGAUUCACCUGAUGGAGCCGCCGGGUGACGUCCUGGUGUUUCUGACGGGACAGGAAGAGAUCGACACGGCCUGUGAGAUCCUGUACGACCGGAUGAAGUCCCUGGGGCCGGAUGUUCCCGAGCUGAUCAUCCUGCCGGUUUACUCCGCCCUGCCCAGCGAGAUGCAGACCAGGAUCUUUGACCCGGCGCCCCCGGGCAGCAGAAAGGUCAUCAUCGCCACCAACAUCGCCGAGACGUCGCUCACCAUCGACGGCAUCUACUACGUGGUGGACCCCGGCUUCGUGAAGCAGAUCGUGUACAAUUCCAAGACGGGCAUCGACCAGCUGGUGGUGACGCCCAUAUCACAGGCCCAGGCCAAGCAGAGGGCCGGUCGAGCCGGCCGAACGGGCCCGGGGAAGUGUUACAGGCUCUACACGGAGAGGGCCUACAGGGACGAGAUGCUGACCACCAACGUGCCCGAGAUCCAGAGGACCAGCUUGGCCAGCACGGUGCUGUCCCUGAAGGCGAUGGGCAUCAACGACCUGCUGUCUUUCGACUUCAUGGACUCUCCUCCCAUGGAGACUCUGAUCAUCGCCAUGGAGCAGCUCUACACUCUGGGCUCCCUGGAUGACGAAGGCCUGCUCACGCGGCUGGGCAGAAGGAUGGCCGAGUUUCCUCUGGAGCCCAUGUUGUGCAAGAUGCUGAUCAUGUCCGUCCACCUGGGCUGCAGCGAAGAGAUGCUCACCAUCGUGUCCAUGCUGUCGGUGCAGAACAUCUUCUACAGGAUGAUUUGCACCGACUGGGUUUUCAGUAAGCAACGUCAACAUGUGUACCAAGGUCACGUGGCCGUGCACUGA